UUGAUUAUACCCUAUUCUUUGUCAUAUUUGAACUUGGUAAUGCAGAAAAUAUUUAUAGUUCUAGUAAUACAGAAAAUUUUUUUGAUCCUGAAUCUGCUAGUAAUACAGAAAAUAUUUACAAAUCUGGCAAUAUAGAGAAUUUUCUUAAUGCUGAAUCUGGUACUAUAGAUAAUUGUUUUAGUGUAUAUGACUCUG